AUGGCCUCAGAAGCACAGAACAGCCCGUUCAUAAAGAACCUCGCAUCAAGCGACAAAAAAGUCCGCGACACCGCCCUCUCCUCCCUCCGCGCCUACCUCUCCGCGCAAACCACGAUCCCGCCCCUCGACCUCCUCAAGCUCUGGAAAGGCCUCUUCUACUGCCUCUGGAUGCAAGACAAACCCGCGAUCCAGCAGCGACUCUCCCGGGACCUCGCGUCGCUCGUCCUCGACCUGCAAGACGGUGUCGCGCUGCCGUUCGUCGAGGCGUUCUGGGUGACCAUGGCGAGGGAGUGGAGCGGGAUCGAGGCGCUGCGCAUGGACAAGUUUCUGUAUCUCGUCAGGCAGUAUGUUAAUGUUUCGUUUCGAGUGGUUGCGAGGGGGGAGUGGGGGGAUGGAGAGAAGGUGGAGAGGUGUGUGGGGAUUUUUGAGGAGACGCCGUUGAGUGCUGGGGAUGUUAAGGUGCCGAAUGGGAUUCGGUAUCAUGUUUUGGAUGUUUAUGUUGAUGAGUUAGAGAAGGUGGCGGGGGAUGCGUGGGAGAAGAUGCCCGUGGAGAAGAUGUUGGAGCCGUUGAGUAAGAUCGCGAAGGAGAGUCCUACGAAGAGUGUGAGGGAGUUGGCGAAGGAGAGUUUGCAGGAUGAGAGGGUGAGGAGAUGGAAGGGGGAGGAGGCGAAGGGGGAGGAGGCGAAGGGGGAGGAGGGGGAGGAUGGAGAAGAGGAGGAGUGGGGUGGCUUUGAUGAUUAG